AUGAAAAAAAGGUAAUUAGGUCCGUAAUCAAUUUAAUGUAACUACGCGAUAACCUCCUCACACAUUUACAACCUUUUUAUGAACCUGCCAGUGUCAUUGUCCUAGAUCAGGUGGUAAUGCAUCUCCCUGGCGUUGCCACUGAAUAAAUACUCCACUAUAUUUCCUUCAUUACAAAUUCAACCCCAUAGCCACAUUGCCAAAUAAAAGUACAUUCGAGUUAAAUCGCCUGGCACAACAUAAGAAGAAUCAGAAGAACAAUAAAACUAACUAUUAAAUAAAAAAGCAUAACAUAUUUUUAAUUUUCGUAAUUCACUGAAAAUAUGCAGGCCUAUUUAAACACAUCCCAGUGACAGGUGACUUUUCAUGAAGGGAAUGCUCUUGUUUAACUGUAACGACGCAUUGAUGGAAAACUAUGUUAGUGGGUCUAACCCACUAUUAGACGUACUACAACCUAUUAGGUGCGGCAAUAACGUCAUAGACAAAAGAUCCUCUUACGUCAUAAAUGGUAGCGCAGCAUUUAACGCACGUACCUUGUUUGCAUGCAGCACUUGAGAUAAGUAAGUAAGCCAAGAUGGGUGUGAGUGAGAACUCGCUCCCUGGUAUCAAGGUCCCAUGUCCACCCAGCGAGUCACGUCAGAAGGAACAAUUAGGGAGACGCCGGCUGAACCGUCUGCAAGUGCAAGGAACUAGCUUCCCGCAGUUAUCAGAUAGAGGGCUAACACAGGCUGCUGCUGCUAAGGAGACCUCUGAUGCUUGGAGGAGGGACAGAGUCACACACUAUAACCAGAGCCCUGCAGAGGUACUCAUCCUCCAUUUACAGCCUCCAAGCCCAGACGCCGAUUCCUUUUGGCCCAAUAUGGUUUGCCAGACUAUGGAGGCUUCCCUGGCACCUGCUCAAGGCCAGCAUCCUCCUGUGAUGGCCAGUGAUGACCUUCUCUUUGAGCCCACAGCACCCGCAAAAGAGGCUAGAAGCUCCAGAUUUGAGACCAUUGCCCAGCCUGGGGAGGUAGCAUCAGAAGCCAUCAGGAGAAGAGCCAGAGACCAGCAGCUUCCUGUCAUCCCCACUCAUGAGCUUUUCUUUGAUCUGAAGUCGUCAGCAAAGGUCAAGAGCUCUACUGGGGUUCACUGGCCCGAAGGGAUUGCCCAGGAAGCCGCAGCUAGAAGGGAACGACUUUUAAAGCGCCACAAAAGACCAAUGGAUGAGCUUCUCUGGGAGCCCAAGUCUCUAGCUGAGGAAACCAAGAGCUCAAGUUCCGCUGUGGUUAGCCAGGAUGAAGAGAUAUGCCCAGCUUUAGAAGUCAGAGGAUACAGAAGACCUCUGCCAUCCUUUGAGGUAAAGGUGCCGUUCAAUCCAAAUAAUUCCACCGUGAGUAACGGAACCAGAGAGUCAGUUAAGGAACCUUCUGUCAGGCGCAGAAACAGAAGAGUGGAACUGCUCCAGAGCACCAUUGUUCAGCCUCUUUUCUUUGAGCCAAAACCUCCUGCAAAGGCAGAGACUUGCUCUAGUCUCCCAAAGGCUGAGGAGCCUAUGAGGACAACCGCUGCUGUCAGAACCAGAGUCAGAGCCUUAAAGCCAUGCCUGACCCUAACUGAUGAAGCUCUUUACCAACCUGUCUUUAUCCCCACUAGAGCGCGCCCUCUCAGGAACCUAUGCAAGCUCCACGCGGAGACAGAACCAGCCAGCGGCACCAGAACCUCUUGGAGGUACUAGUCCCUGAGCUGAAGCCCCCAGCAAAGGCAACACACCCCCAUUGCCCCCCCCCCCCUCCGUAGGCCAAGUUAUGCAGAGGAAUUGUGUCAGAUCCGUGCGUUUGACUGACAGUGCUGCAAGUGCUGUGACGACCCGUGACGAAGCUUCCUUGCCCUGACCCGCCAACUGUCUCGGCGGCGACCCCUGUUGGAGCUGCGGGCGUAGAUGCAUGGCCGUGCCGAUGUAUGGACACUCUGCAUGCCCCGCUCCCCCCUUACAGCGGCCCUGAGAUGCGGGCCUAGGUGUGCCAGGCCGUCGGGCACCGCUGGUCUCCGACUCAGUCUCACGCUCAAUGCGGAGUGCCCCAGGAUCCUCAUCCCUCCCCUGCCUGUCUCUAGCAGACCCCCAAGAUGACAGCAGAAAUGUCAUCUUGGAGGAGGCCGCCCCUCUGGAGCAGGUCCCCUCUAGAGGCAGAAGAGGUCUCGGUCUCGGUCUCGGCAGCAACUGCAUCACCCUGGAUCUGCCAAGGCCCAACCCCUUCACCAUGGAAACCCGACUCCCCGUUCGAGAUCACCGCGUCUUCAAGCGGUGAGCUCCGGGGAUGCCCCCCUUCAGUCGGUCCAGCGCGCCCCUAUGUGGGAGAGUGACCUCUCACCUUUGCACCCUGUGAGACCUGCUUGCUGUUGUCAGGUGUGAGGGACUCUCCCACUGGGCUCCACAGCAGAGGGGCUGCAGCAAGAGCACAGACCCAGCUAUUAUGGACUGUGAAGCCGACUGAAGAACUUAAAGGAGAGAAGUGUGUGUCUGAGGGGGUCGGGAGAAGGACAGGUGAGACUCAGCACAUCAUCUCCAAGGGCAACAUGGCACACAGCAGCAGACUCUGGAACUUUUCAGAGUCCUAUGCUGCUUUCUGUGGUUGGAGCCUGGCUGAUACUCACUUAGUCAGUACUAUGUCAUCAUGAUCUGCUGUGGGAUGUAGAGUGUCUGUUUGUGAUUGUAACGUGUGUGUGUGUGUGAUAUGAUCUCUUAACAGCUCCUACCCCUUUCACUCACCAUCGGAAUGACACACACAAACUCAGACACAAGUUAAGGCGUUGGUGUGUGACGUACUGAUAAGGGAUGGCAAGAGUGUGAGACAGUGGGGGUAAGGAGACGCCCAGGUAAUGGUCUCUAAUUGAUGAAGUGCCUUUCACAAUUAGUAUUGACCCAAAUGUUAAAAAGGUUUAACUAUGAUCUUUUAUUUACAUUUAUAACGUGUAUGUAAUGUGUGUAAUGUAUCUGUGUGUGAUCAACUCCACCCCCGAUUACUCACCAUCUCACACACACACAUCAAAAUAGAGCCCAGCGAUCUCUGAAGAAUCAUAGAGGAAUGAUGAUGACAACAUAAGACGUGUGUGUGUGUGACUUAGCGGAUUUGGAAAAGCUCAGAAAGGUGGAUGGAGGAGGAAGACGAUUCCUACAGGAGUGUGUGUCAGAGGGGGUUUACAGUAAAACAGGUGAGACACAUCUGUACACUCAUACACACCACAUGAUGUCACUUCCUCAAGUAUGGAGUUUAAAGGUGAUCAGCUUUUCUAUCCAGAGUGUGGAAGUGUGUAACGUGAAGUUUGUAGAGUUGAAUAGAGUAGUCUGUAGAGUUGAGUAUAGUAGUCUGUAAAGUUCAGUAGAGUAGUCUGUAGAACAUGUAGUGUUAGCGAGUGUGAAGUUUAUAUGGCUUUUAAGUUUGUGAUG